AUGGAGGUUUCUGCCUCUGAGCCGACACAUGGCCCCCAUGUUCCUCUCUCGACGCUGAACCGGCAUCCUUCACCCAGCCCUCAUCCUCUCUCCUUUGCCCCGACGGACAGCCAGCACUUACUUUCCCCGCUGCCGGUCUCGACGCUCCCUUCAAGACCAGGCCAUCCACCACUCGAGACCAGACACCACUCUGAUCCACCAUCUCAUAUUCCUUCGCCUAGAGCUUCUUUGAAGACCCCAAGGCCAAUGACAUCUCAGGGAAUGUCUACUGGAAAUACUGACGGUGCCCAGCCACUCGGUCUUGCCGUACCACGCUCUCCAGAUUCCAACCGGCCACUGAACGUGACGGAUGCCCUUAGCUACCUGGAUGCAGUCAAGAUGCAGUUUCAAGAUAAACCUGAUGUAUACAACCAUUUCCUGGACAUCAUGAAGGAUUUUAAGAGCCAAGUGAUCGAUACUCCGGGGGUUAUUGAGCGCGUAUCCAUGUUAUUCCACGGAAACCCUUACCUUAUUCAAGGAUUCAAUACCUUCCUCCCGCCAGGAUAUCGUAUCGAGCUUUCAACUGAUCCGCGAAGCCUUGACACUAUCACUGUGACCACGCCUAUGGGUACUAUCACUCAGAGUAUGUCGGCAUAUGGUGCACCAGUACGUGUACCUCGGGAAAUGUUACCCAUGCCAGGCAUACUUGCACCGUUCCCGCAACCGCCACCUUUCGCCGCGCCACCAGUCCUGCCUGUUGGAAUUGGAAGCGGUUCUAGACCUGCUACUCCAUCAAGACUCCUUGGCCAUUCUAUUCCCGAUUAUGUGUACUCUCCCUCAAUGAUGCUGUCACCUCCACUUGCGAAUUCACAAGCGACUGCGGCGGCGUCCUUCUUGGGCAACUUGGGCAACAGAGCACCGGACGGUAUUCCUGCUGGCGAGUUCAACCAUGCUAUUCAGUUUUUGAACAAAAUCAAAGUGCGAUUUGAGGACGACCCAGAGACAUACAAACAAUUCCUAGAAAUCCUGCACGCCUACCAGAAAGAACAGAAGCAUCUCCACGAUUCACAGGUAUUCGCCCAGGUUCAAAUGCUAUUCAAGGAUGCACCUGAUCUCAUGAGCGAAUUCCGAGAUUUCCUACCCGAAGCGCUGGCGCCUUCGUCGCAUCACUCAGGGUUAGUAGGUAUUCUACCUCAUCCGACAGGUGGUGCGAGCCCUUGGUCUCAGGCAGAAGUGGCUGCUCCAACCUCGGAUAAGGCGACCAAGGCCCCCAGUCGAAGACGAAAGCGGGCUGUGGAGAAGGAAGCUCCUGGUACACAGAAGGGGCCUGGAGGAAGAAUCGUCAAGCGAGCGAAGCCUAACCAGAAACCGGAACCGCAAUCACCGAAAUUUGCCCCCUUCCCUGUCCCUUCUACUCCGCCGCCGCCACAUGUACAACAGUCACUUGGUAUUCCCCCACACUUACAGAACGUUCAUUCUCGUAUGCUCCAGCCGCCAGCCAUUGCUCUGAAUGGUAGUGGCGCGCCAGUGUCCACAUCUGAGGAGCUGCUGUUUUUCGACCGCGCAAAAAAGGCUCUAGAAAGCGGGGGAACCUACGAUGAGUUCCUAAAACUGCUCAAUCUCUUCGCGAAAGAUGUCAUCGACGCUAAAACUCUCGUGGACCGUGUGGAAAUUUUCCUGGGUGAAGGUGAGCUGAUGGCUCAGUUCAAGGAUAUGAUGAGCUGGGACGAUAAGUACGGAAACAUCGAAUAUGGACCACCCGGCAGCAUUAGAACAGGCCCUCCGGACCCGUAUACAGCUAGACCUCCGGACGACGGCCAAGGUCCGAGCUAUCGGAGAUUUCCUGAGAGUGAGAUACGUUUGGCAUGUUCUGGCCGUGGUCAGCUGGAAUGGUCAGUGUUGAACGAUGAAUGGGUUUCCCAUCCUACGUGGGCCUCAGAAGAGUCCGGAUUCGUCGCACAUAAGAAGAAUUCGUUUGAGGACACGUUGCACAAGAGUGAAGAGGAGCGGCACGAGUAUCAGGUUCAUAUUGAAGGGCUUCAGCGUACGAUUGGUGUUCUUGAACCGCUUGACGCUCGCAUCGAUGAAAUGUCGCCCGAAGAACGGACACAAUUCAGAUUGAAGCCAAGUCUAGGCGGGACCUGUCCCGCAAUCUACGAGCGGACUAUAAAAAAGAUCUACGGUCGUGACAAUGUGGCCGAGAUUAUGAAAGCAUUGCAGGAAUGCCCGAGUGUCGCCGUUCCCGUUGUCCUCAAGCGCCUCAAGCAGAAAGAUGUUGAAUGGCGCCGCGCCCAGCGGGAAUGGAGCAAAACUUGGCGCGAGGUCGACGCGAAGAACUUUUACAAGGCUCUUGACCAUCAAGGUAUCAUCUUCAAGGCAAACGACAAGAAAUGUAUUACUACAAAACACUUUGUGCAGGAUAUCGAGUCGGUAAAGGCCUUGCAGACCAAAGCCCACGAUAAGAAAGGCAAAGGGAUGCAGGACUCAUUCGGGUACCAGUUGGAGUACGAGCUUCAGGACACAGGUGUGCUACAAGAUUCUCUCAAGCUGAUUUUCUCGUUCCUCGAUCGCUCGCCUUCCAUGUACAGUCCGGCGGAAAGACGGAGCGUAGAGCGCUUCCUUCGAUCUUUCAUUCCUAUGGUGUUCAUGAUUUCACCGCACGAGUUGAACAUUGCAUGUGGGCCGCUAGAGCCAGGCCACGACGAUGACCCUGCGGACGAUUUCACAUCACUUGCAGAUGGACCUGAUUCCAAGUCAGGUCGGGACCGCGGCGGUAAGCGGCAGGCCAGCGGAGGACAUUCAUCGGGGGUUUCACCGGGUGACCUCAGGAAGAGGCUUCUGAAGACAGCGCAGGAACGCUCGCCACGCAGCGGCACUAAACCCCUGUCGUCCAAAUCAGCUGUUCUGACUAGGUCCACUUCUCCUGCACCCAGCGACAGUCCUCUGACAUCGUCCCGACCCAGAGGUUCGAGGCUGCAGCACGAGCUCGACCUGGACAGCAAGCAGCGUACAAUCCCCGCGGAUAUCUGGGUCAGAGAGGCUCUCAUUGGGUCGAGCGAUACUGCGGGAGAAGGCUUGAUCGCACGGAGACCCUUUUUUGCGAAUACCACGUACUAUACUUUACUACGGCUCCUACAGCUGCUCUAUUCACGGCUCUCCAUGUGCAAGGAUAUUGGCGCGCGGCUGGCCGAGCAGAAACAUUCCUCGCUAUUGGCAAAUCCGAUCGCGGUAGAAUUAGGAUUGGACGAACCAAACGGUCCUGCAGCCGUAUUAUCACAGGCCGUGGAGGUUGUCGGUGGAAGUCAGACGGGCGAAGAAUCAAACGUGCUAUACUUAUACCUUCUGGACGCAUGCGAGAAGGUUUUCGACAACGAGUCAGAUCAAGCCACAUUUGAAGAACAUCUAAGAUGGUUCUUUGGGACGAAGGCGUAUCACGUUUUCACGCUGGAUAGAAUAAUCAUUGCCGUCGUAAAGCAGGUGCAGACAAUUACGGCCGAUAACAAAUGCCAGGAGCUAUGGGACUUGCUUCAACGGUCGCGAGGAGAAGAUGCACCAACUGUGCACGACACCAUUCGAUACAGACGAGAAGCAGAGCAUCAUGUGGGCUUGGAUGAUAACUUGUACAGGUUCGAUUGGGAUGCCGAUUCGCGACAUCUGCGCAUUCAACUGGUGGGGUCGACGGAUCCGAGUGUGGGGGAGGACGUGUCAAGGCGAGGCAGAUGGAAGGAAUACGUUGCGUCGUAUGUAAUGGAGCAUCCUACCGAAUGGCUGCCUGCAGGACGCGCGGGGGGCAGUUCUCUAUUUUUGAAGAGGACAGUGAUGGAUGCGGUCGAGAAGGGAGAGGUUGUGCAAACGACGACGGGGAUGCGGAUUGUGGUGGAGGCUGGUAGCUACAAGCUGCAGUACGAGGCGGGCGGGGAGGACGUGGUGGUGCGGCGGCGGGAGAGAAAGGAGGAGACGGCGCUCAGGAGCCGAGCCGCUGCCCGUCGCGAGGACGGGAGGCGGUGGAUUGGGCGUCUAGUUGUGGGAGCGUGA